AUGAACACCAGCGAUUUGAACACGACGACUUCAGCCGUCAAAGAUAGCAACGACAGCGACUGGAUGUCAAAGGCUGAUCCCUUUUUAUCAACGCCUGCUGCAAGCCCUGAAACUAACCGACCUGCCGACCUGGGCGAGCUUGCCAGCGGCAACUGCUACAGUGACCAGGACCAUGAUGUGCCCACGGACAGCCUGCUGAAUUUCGCUGAUGUCCCUGGUCAACUAUCUCACCUGCCAUUCAACAACCCUGGUUCAGCCAAUCCCUCCUGCACCUACACCCCAGAUCCUAAUUCCAGCUUGCUCACUUUCUCGUCUUCCAUUAUUGACACAACUCCGACUUCUUCUGCCUCGUCUGUCACUGAUACGCCCACGACUAGCACGACUGUCGUUGCCUCAGCCGCGAUAACCCCUGCCACGAUAACAAAAACAACGUCAACGUCAACAAACGCCCUUCUCCCGUUUCCUACUCCAACGUCACCCCUACCAUCAUCUGCUCUUCGCAAGACCUCACCAGGAUUAGCUGCCCGACUUAAAGCUUUGGGAUUUGGCGCCCAAAAAUUCUCUACGCCCCCGAUAACGCCUCAAAACGAUCGUAUCGGCCGUCUAAACGAAGAUCAGCUUCGAGAGCUCGACGAGAAGCACCAAGCGGGUUCGGUCAAAUCGAUCAUCGCCCGGCGCGGUCGCCCGUGGAAGGGCGCCGGCGCUUCUUCCUCACCAAAGCCCGUCGCCCAAGACCCAAAUCUUGAGCUACCGCCGUUCAAGGUUGAGAUUCCCGAUUCUACCGUGGCCUUGUUGCCCGAGAUUCAAACCCCCGAACCCCUGGACAUGGACACUCAAAAGUAUCGGCUCCCUGACCACACCAACGGCAAUGGGACAAAGGUCACCCUGGACACUCGCCGCGAACACAUCGAGCGCACCACACGCCCUCCGUCUCCUGAUAGUGCAGGCCUACCUCCUCCGCCACCCCCGAAGGAUACACCACCAAUCGCAACUUCGACGCCGGCUACACCCCCGACCGACUACGUUCCUAGCCUCAACUCAUAUUUCACACCUGGCCAUAACCGCCCCGGUUCGAUAUACACGCUAUCGCGCGCUUCUUUUGCCUCUCAGCUUGCUCAAUUAACGUCACUGCAACUCCCAGAUGCGGAAUCGCUAGCGAGCCAGGUUACCGCAAUUCCAACGGCUCAGGUAGCUGCCAAAGCCCUGAUCAACGCUGCCGAGCAAAUCAGGAGCUGGAUAUCCAAGGCAUCGGAGGUCGUGGAAGGCCUGGAUAGCGAAGAUGAUGUCGAAUGGGCUGCAGCUGGUGGUCGCGAGGGCCUGGCUGAAGUCGAAAUGGCUAUCACUCGCUUUGAGGAGCUUGUCAAAGCCUACGUUGGAGCUAUCGAGCAGUUGCAGAACAGAAAGGACGUUGCUAAUGUAUCUGUGUCAGACCUAACCCAAGCUGUUUCGCAAAUGGAGUCGGUCAUUCAUGAGUGGGAGAAGAUCCGCAGGACGCUACAUGUGGUAAGAGCUCAGGUGGAAAUAGCUAUGGAGUGGGAGGAACUUUGGAACAACGUUCUCGGAGAUGUACAAGGGGAAAUGGACGAACUCAGCAGAUUGGUAUUUGAGAUGGAAGAACGGCGACACAAGAGCUUGAUGGCUGCCAACGCUGACAGUGUUGACAUUGGGGACCUUGAGACAAUCGUGGAAGAGAACCCUAUUCAGGCAGCUCGAUUGCAGGCCCCAAGUCGCUAUAGCCUUCCGACCUUUCCAGUAACACCUAACUCACCAGGCACGCCCACCUUGUCGCAGGACGACUCGAGUUUACUGGCUCUAUUUGCUCGAAUGCAGCCCUUGAGGGCAUCUCUCGACUUCCUGCCGAUGCGGCUGUCCAUGUUUGAGGCGAGGGCCGAGCCAUCGUUUCCUACAGCCUGCGAGGAGCUAAACAUGCGCCGUGAAGGACUUGAUGCUAGCUACAAGAAGCUCGAGAAGGAUGCUGAGUCACUACGCAAGGAGUUAGGAGAGGAUCGAUGGGUUAUUGUUUUCCGAGGUGCCGGUAGGCAAGCACAGAAGAUGCAAGAGUCUGUCGAGCGCUCUCUCCUCAAACUUAGAGAGGCUGCCGACUCCGGUAUGCAUCUGACUAACCAGCCUGCUAUGAUGAAGAAGUUGGAAAGCUACGAGGCCAAAAGAAUGCAUUAUGGGCCAGCCAUUGAGCGCGUCCUCUCAAUCAUCGACAAGGGUGUCAGCGAGCGGCUAACAGUUAAUGGCGAAAUUUUGCGUUUGCAUAACGAUAUGCAAAAUAGGUGGCAGGCUUUGAAGCAGCAGAUGAAAGACGCAGAGUCAUUGAUUGAGGAAAUUCAUGCUGAUAAGGGUCAGCAGCUGCGGGAUUCCAUCUCCAGUAUGCUCUCAAACGAUCGCUCAACUUUAGGUAGCGGACGUGAAACCCCCGGCAGCUCACCACCAUCGUCAGUUAUCAUGUCGAGUUUGGGACUGGAUCCUCAUACGCCAUUAUCAAAAAACCCAAAAGUACGGGCUACGCCAGGUGCUGGCAACCGCCAAAUUCCUUCGAACCGUCGGCACUCUUCACUGCCAGCACCAACAUCACAAACAAGCAGGAAAUCGGGUUUCUCUCGUCUUUCCACUAUUCCAGGCUCUUCGUCUACUACCAGUCUGCCGCCCAGCCAGAUUAAACGGCCAGAUUCGAAGCUUGCACACCGCCCACGUUGGAACGCGUCGACAAAUACGUCCGAUGUUGAUACUGGUCACAACUUUAAGCCUCUUACACUAACGACACCGAGUCCAUAUGCCAAGAGCCCUGUCGCACACAAAUCCGCUGGCUCAACUACCCCAGGUUCAAGCACCUCGAAGCUACCGACAUUGCGCAGCCCUCUAGCACGUGCCUCAUCAGCGUCUCCCAGAGUCGACGAAACGCCCACUAGAGCUAGUCACUCGAACCUCUCUUUCCGGGAGAGGCUUGCGUCCCCUGGUGCAAACUCUCAGCCAUUGCCGAAGCCACGCCUGGCUUCUCAUCAAUCAACAACGGCCCUCUCCGGCAGACGCUCGUCUCUACAGGCCUCAAGAUCUAUCGGACCUGAUGGAGACCGGCACAGCAGGCCUGCUAGCUCUCUUGCUAUGUCUUCAAGGAGGAUUAGUCUUCUUCCUCAGCCCACAGAAACCGGCCGGGCCAGCCCUGCCUCUGUCUCGAGUGUUCGGUCUACAAUGCGUAAACCUUCUCCAGCUGAACCGAGAGAUUCAAAGCCCAGAUGGAGGCAUUGA